AUGCGCGACUCCUCAGGAGCUCCAUGGCUGGGAGCCGCAGGCCUCCAGGCUGGUUUCGAAACAGGCGGAGUUCUGCGGAUAGUUGUGGACUUGGAGCACUGCGAAGGCAUGGCCUUGCUGGCCAUGUUCUUGGCUGCAGCUUUGUUCACUGUUGCUGUCCAUGUGUGCUGGCCUGAGCCUGUACACAGCACCGCAAACAUCUACAGAUGCGACUUGCCGCUGCAGGCCAUGCCGCGCAUUCGUGCCAAGUGGCAAAGGAGCUGUGGGAGGGUCGCAGCCACUGAAAGGCGUUCAGUGACAGUGGCUUCCGCGGCAUACCGCCAGGGCGCUACGCCUGAGCCUCCGGCGGCCUUCGCGUUGCGAAGCCUCGGCUCGAUGCUCUUCCUGGGAUCGCUGGCCAGUGCCUUCCGAGCCCGAGCACCAUCGCCGUCAGGCGGAGCCUCCCUCUUUCGGCACUGUGGCACUGGGGAAACCGAUGCUGCCUGGGAGUUUGGGGGUCAGCUAGGUACGCGAUUGGGCAACAAAGCGAAGGCCGUUGUGCGGUUGCAAGCCAGCUACUCGUACCAGCAGGCAGCUCGCAGCCCCGAGAAACCAAUCGUCAGCGAAGCAGAUGCAGGGGAGGAUUGCGUCGAGACUGUCGUCGUGCCGGAACAUCCGGAGCUUCUUGCAGAGUCUGAAACCGCGGCGCAAGUGAUCACCGCGCAAGCAACGACCGCCACAUUUGGCCGCACGGCUAUGAAGGCCCGUAUGGUUCAAGGGGCGCGCUUCCGCUCUGCCCGCUUCGCUGGACAGGGUCCCUCUAUCAGCCAAACAAAGCAGCGGCGAAGAAUGGGAGCCAGGUUGCGUGCCGUGAGCACGGUGUAUGAGAUGCCACCAAUGCCUUUCGACGCGAGCCGUGUCCGCUUCCAGAUUCAGAUUGGACUCAACACCAAUCCGCGCCCCCGAGCACCGAAGGCCCGAAGCCAGCCCGUGCACGAGUCCGCGGAAAGGAUGGUGUCAGCAGCGGAACUAUUGAGAGCAAGCUACAUGUGUGAAGAACGAGAAACACUGGAUACAUCAUCCUUAGCUUGUGAAGCUCGUCUUCUCGCUUCGGCGCAUAGGGGCGCAGGAGCUGUUGCAGCAUCUCGAUGA